CGCAAGCUCGCUCGAUGCGUCGAAAAAGGGAAAACAUUAACAUCAUCCCGAAACCCUCUAGUAAUCCUAUUCUUCGAAGCUUUUGAGGCAUUUUCAUUUUUUUAUUUGCAGGCCAUUGUUCAAGGCAGCAUAUUCCUUUGUGGUAUGAUCAGUUUCUAUUUUAUAUGUCAACUUUUUACUGACAGAUGGGCAGAUUUCAUAACGAUGACUAUUCCUUGGGAGAGCUGUCAUCAUGGAUUUCUGUGGGAAGUUCACUUUAGCUCAUGGUAA